AGAACAUCACAAACAGCUGGCACGCACUAACAGAGCAUGUGGUGGGGAUUGAACUCCAAUGGUGAGCGGCAACACUAGUUCCGGCGACUUCGUUUCAGGAGGCCACGUAAAAGAUCACACAGCCAGCUGCUACCAUGGCUGAGGGUGUUGUGGCAGUGCAGAUUGGCAAGCUUGGUGCUGCAUUGUUGAAAGAGGCAGCAACCUUGGGCGCAUCUCUGAUCUGGAAGGAAGCAUCUGCCCUCAAGGAUCUAUUUGGUGAGAUCCGUGAUGUCAAGGAAGAGCUGGAGAGCAUGCACGCCUACCUGCAAGGGGCAGAGAGAUUCAAGAACACUGACGAGACCACCGGGAUCUUUGUCAAGAAGAUUCGUGGCCUAGCCUUUGAGAUCGAGGAUGUCGUUGACGAGUUCACCUACAAGCUUGAGGACAAGCAUGGAGGAUUUGCUACCAAGGUAAAGAAGAGAAUCAGUAAUGUCAGCACGUGGCGCCGUCUUUCAUGCAAGCUGCGAGCUAUUAAGGCCAGCCUGGAAGGUGCUGAUAAGAGGAAGGUUCGGUACGACAUGAGGGAAAUUCGGAGAGAUGGGCGUAGUGACGGGCAGUCUAGAUCUGCAUAUCAGUCUUUGCACCUCGCAAGGGAGGAGGAGCCUGUGGGGAUUAAAAAGAACAAGGAUUUGCUGUUGCAGUGGCUCACAAGUGAUUUUGGAAAACAGAGGAUGAUUUCUGCAGUUUGGGGGAUGGGAGGUGUGGGCAAGACCACUCUGGUUGCUCAUGUGUACAACAGCGUGAAGUUGAGCUUUGAUACUUCUGCAUGGAUAACGGUGUCAAACAGCUUCCAUGUUGAGACUUUGUUGAAGGACAUCGCUAGAGGAUUCGGCCUUGGCGUCGCCAACUGCGAAAGGUUCUGCCUAGUUGAGAGCAUCCAUAACUACCUGCAAGGUAAAAGGUAUAUCAUAGUUCUGGAUGAUGUUUGGGGCGUGGAUGUCUGGUUUAACAUAAGGGAUGCCUUUCCUACUAAUUCUGUCAGUCGAUUCAUUAUAACAUCAAGAAUUCUUGAAGUAGCAUUGUUAGCAACUGCAAAUUGUUUAGUUCAGUUGGUACCUCUUGAAGAACAUUUUUCAUGGGAGCUAUUUUGCAAAGAAGCAUUUUGGCAAAAUGAUGAUAAAAUGUGCCCACCAGAGCUUAUUCAUUUGGCUCAAAAGUUUGUCUGGAGGUGUAAUGGCUUGCCCAUUGCUAUUGCAUGCAUAGGUCGCCUACUUUCUUCCAAACAACGCACUUAUGCUGAAUGGGAAAAGAUAUACAAGGAUUUAGAGUUACGGCUUACUGAUAAUGUCAUCCUCGAUGUCAACACAAUUCUAAAAGUCAGCUUAGAGGAUUUACCAUUUGAUCUGAAAAAUUGUUUUAUGCAUUGUGCGAUAUUUCCGGAGGACUAUUUAAUAAAAAGGAAGACAGUGAUCAGGCACUGGAUGACUGCUGGAUUCAUCCAGGAAAAAGAGAACAAAACGAUGGAGGAAGUGGCAGAGGAAUACCUUCAUGAACUUAUUAACCGAAGCCUAUUACAAGUAGUGGAGAGGAAUGUAAGUGGACGGGUGAGAAGAUGUCGGCUGCAUGAUAUUAUACGUGUUCUUCUGCUCACCAAAGCAAAUGAGGAGUGUUUCUGUAAGGCAUACAAUGGAUCUGGGACAUUUUCUGCAGAGGGCACACGGUGCUUAUCAAUCCAGAGUGCAAAUAUUGAACCACUGCAUCGAUCUGUUGUAGCAAAUCUCCGUGGACUCUACGUCUUUGAGAGAAACAUCAAUAUUGAUUUACUGAAGACUGUCCUUACAACUUCAAAUUUGCUGUCAUCAUUGGAUCUGCAGGAUGCUCGUAUCAAGUCUCUGCCCAAUGAAGUUUUUGGUUUGUUUAACCUGCGUUUUCUGGGCCUUCGAAAUACUGGUAUUGAAUACCUACCAGAAGCAAUAGGAAGAUUGCAGAACUUGAUAGUGUUGGAUUGUUUCAAUGCCAAGCUAUCAACUUUACCAAAGGGCAUAGCUAAACUUAAAAGGAUGAGGUACUUGUAUGCUUGUACACUUCCUAGCAGUGAUGAAAUUGCACCAGCUGAAGGAAUAAAUGUGCCUAAAGGCAUAAGACACCUGACAGGAUUGCAAGCUCUCCAGUGUGUUAAAGCUAGCUUAGAGACCUUGAGCAACGUCGGAGCUUUGACAGACUUAAGGACAUUUUCGGUCUCUGAAGUAAGAAGUGAACACUGUGAUUACCUGUGCAAUGCAGUAAGUAACUUGAGUUGCCUUGUUCAUCUAGAAAUUAUGGCUCAAAAUGAGGAGGAGCUGCAGCUGCAAGGACUCCAUUUACCUCAAACCCUUUCUUGGCUUGGUUUUGAGGGACGUUUAGAAGCAGCAUCCAUGCUUCAGGUUAUGUCAUCGUUAUUACAUCUUCAGAACCUAACUCGGCUGCAGUUGGUCUUAUCCAGACUGGAUGAAGAAUCAUUUUCCCGCCUGUUAGUAUUGCAAAGAUUAUGCUCUCUUCAGCUCACUAAUGCUUUUGAAGGGAAGAAGCUACACUUCCGAGCAAUGUCAUUUCCCAAGCUCCGAUAUCUAAAUAUAUUUGGUGCCCCUCAUGUCGCCCAAGUCCAAAUAGAGGAAAGUGCAUUGUCUAGUCUUGUUGAGCUAAGGCUCGAGAAUUUUCCUGAAUUAUUAAUCCUCCCUGAUGGAAUCGAGCACCUUACAGCCCUUCACAGAUUAUAUAUAGAAGAUGCUUGCACAGAGGUUACAGAGAAGCUUAGUUCACAAGGAGGACCAAGACCAAUCGAAUGCAGCGAAGAUCUUGAGAAGAUUAACCAUAUUCCAAUGGUCGUCGUCCGAAUGAGGCAGAAGAACGUAUGGGAAAGGAUCCCAUGACUUGUUAGUAACAUUCUUGUAUAAGCAAACAGGAAUGCCGCAGUGCCCUUUUCCUGAAGCAAUUCUCAUGUUUUUACAUCAAAAAGGAGCUGUAGAUUUUUUGAAGUUUUUAUAUAUGUAGACUGAUAUCCAGACUAGUUGUGCACUAUCACUCUUAGUAAUAAUUUAUGUGCUUUUGCCCUAAAAAAAGGAAUGGCUACUUCUUGUGCUGAUUUGGGUUGGUCGGUACAUGUGAAAGAGAUACUAUGUUACAA